AUGCAACAUGUUCUGGCUUGUUAUAAGACCGAAGUUUGUAAGAAGCCGCCUCGUAUGUGUCGCCAGGGGUACUCUUGUCCAUUCUACCACAAUGGCAAAGACAAACGCCGUGCACCUGAGCGCCAUCGUUACCGUAGUACUCCUUGUCCUGCUGUCCGACCCGCUGACGAAUGGUUGGACAGUUCACUUUGCGAAUCAGGUGACUCUUGCGGUUAUUGCCAUACUCGGACAGAACAGCAGUUCCAUCCAGAGGUAACGGAUCGUCUAUAUAUUUUAGGAAAUUAG